ACUGUCCUUAAAUACGUUCAGCUCUCCGCGCAACUACACCUCCCUCCUACAAUCGACAUCCGCGUCCACGUCUACUCAAAGGUUCUCCAAAACCUCAACGACUUUUCGCAAGCCCAACUCUCCACACAGCUACUCAUCCCUCCUAUAAUACACACUCGCAUUGGCAUCCGCCCAACGACCUAGCUCGAAGCCAACUCUCUCACGAAACCGACCACCUCACUCAGCCACCAUGAUUUUCCCCAUUCUCAUCCCCAUCAUCAUCCCACUCAUCAUCCCAAUCUUCUUCCCCAUCGGCAUGCCUAUCAUUUUCCCCAUCAUCUUCCCCCUGCUAUUUCCUAUCGCCACGACUUUCGCACUAUUCAACCUCUUCGCUAGCCAGGGAAUCUUUUAUGCCGGCGGCGACCUCGACGAUGACAACGAUAACGAAGCUGCGGCCUAUACCGACUCUGACGACGACUUUGAAAUUAUUUAGUAUUGAG